GGCUUGGCGCUUCGGUUCUUUAAAAGGACAGCAACUGGCGGUAGUAUACCAAAUAGCCCCAAGCUCAAUACUGACGAGCUCACUUCGACUGCACGAUCUCGUCUGUCCUGUUGUGAUCAUUCCUUCUCCUCUUCCAGUCAAAUUUAAACAACCCAGUCAAAAAUGACGACCUACUUCAACUACCCUUCUCAAGCUCUCCAGGAUGAGCUCCGUACCAUUGCUCACAAUAUUGUAGCUCCAGGCAAAGGUAUCUUGGCCGCAGACGAAUCCACUGCCACCGUUGGAAAGCGCUUCGCUGAUAUCGGUCUCGAGAACAACGAGGAAAACCGCCGUGCUUACCGCGAGCUUCUCUUCACCGCCGAUUCUGCCCUCAAUGAGAACAUUUCUGGUGUGAUCUUGUUCCACGAGACCCUCUACCAGAAAGCAAGCUGUGGCACCUCCUUCGCCGAGCUUCUCAAACAGCGUGGAAUCUACCCUGGUAUCAAGGUAGACAAGGGUGUCGUCAACCUUUUCGGCUCGGAAGACGAGUGCACCACCCAAGGUUUGGACGAUUUGGACGCUCGUUGCGCCCAAUACAAAAAGGACGGAUGUCAAUUCGCCAAAUGGCGAUGCGUCCUCAAGAUCGGCAAGAACACACCGUCCUACCAGGCCAUCUUGGAAAACGCCAACGUCUUGGCCCGCUAUGCUUCCAUCUGCCAGACCAAUGGCCUUGUUCCGAUCGUCGAACCUGAGGUGCUUCCCGACGGUGAUCACGACUUGGAUAGAGCACAGAAAGUGACCGAGACCGUCUUGGCUGCCGUCUACAAGGCACUCAAUGAUCACCACGUAUUCUUGGAGGGCACUCUCCUCAAGCCCAACAUGGUCACUGCUGGCCAAUCUUGCAAGACCAAAUACACCCCAGAAGAGGUUGCUAAAGCUACCGUUACCGCUCUGCAGAGGACCGUUCCUCCCGCAGUUGCUGGAGUCACUUUCUUGUCUGGAGGCCAGUCAGAAGAGGAUGCCUCUGUCCAUUUGAACGCCAUCAACGCCUACCCAGGCCGCAAGCCAUGGGGUCUCACCUUCAGCUACGGCCGUGCCCUUCAGGCAUCAGUCCUCCGCGCUUGGGGUGGCAAACCCGAGAACGUCAAGGCUGGUCAGGAAGAACUCCUGAAGCGUGCUAAGGCUAAUGGCGAAGCCGCUCAGGGCAAAUACGUGGCUGGAACUUGUGUUGGAGCUGCUGCUGCCUACGACCUGUUUAUCAAGAACCACGCAUACUAGAUUUAUGAAAAGCUUGCAAUGGUGUCAUCGUCGUUAUAAAAAGAAAAAAACCAGAAAGUCGAUUUGUUUCAACAAACUUGGAAAAAAAAAAUUGUGAAUGCAUUUUUUCGAAAUUUUAACUUUUUUCAAUGUUUAGGUAAAAUGAACGAGGAUCAUCCGGGAUUGAGAUUGUAGUAGUGUCAUAAUAGAAUUUCAUUCACUAUUAUUAUCCAUCUUUGGUCCUUUUUGUUUUGAGUGUUUAAAGGCUGGAGAGUGAUGUAGUAAGAUCACUUGCUUUUAUUGUAUGUUAUUGUUUUCAACAUCCAAUACACAAUACCAAUACCAGCAA